AUCUCGUUUAUCAGCGUGCAUAACGUUGUGUGAUCAGACGCUCGUCGCAUCUCAGUAGUCGUUCUAUAGACGCGGCGCUGAGCGGUGAGACUUACUCGUGACUUUAACUUACUCGGAUAUUUAUUAUUGUUUUGAAUUUUUAAAAUGUCGGAUUUGAUCCUGGAACCAGGGAAAGUUAUACGUCCAGUGAUAGACCACGACGCAGUGAAGUUGUUGGCUGAGAGGCUUUACGGCAUAUCUGUUCUGGAGCUCGUGGAGUUGAACGGCUACGAUGACAAGAACUACAAGUUGAUUGAGGACCCAAACGUGAAGAACCCGCUGAUCACGAACCACAGUGCAAAUGGAUACGUCCUCAAAAUAAUGAACUCGAUUGACUCACAAAACUUGAGCGUCGUUGAGGCCCAGAACGAGAUUAUGAACUUCUUAUCUACUCGUUCAGUAUCUUGUCCGAAACCUAUUCGUAACGUGUUCGGUCACCUGCACUCAAUAGAAACUAUUAGUGGGAAGCAACAUGUGGUUCGACUCCUGGAGUACAUUCCUGGUGAGCUGCUUAAAGAUGUCCCCCGUUCGGAGGCACUGUUCUACCAGCUCGGGGAGUUCGUGGCGAACCUUGAUAACAAACUGCAGAACUUCAACCACUCCGGUCUGGUCACUCGCGAGCACAUCUGGAUGUUGAGCAAGGUUCCCGACCUGGACAAGUUCAAAUAUGUCAUCAAGGAUACCGAGAAGCUGGACUUGGCUGAGGAGGUCAUCGAAGAGUUCAAAUACGCAGUAUUGCCUCGCCUCGAUGAGCUGGAGAAGGGCGUCAUCCACGGAGAUAUCAAUGAGAUGAACAUCCUUGUAGGACUGAAGCCUGGAGGCAGUAAAACCGAUUAUCGGAUCACCGGCGUAAUCGACUUUGGUGACAUUCAGUACUCGUACUACGUGUUCGAACUGGCCAUCACCAUGACAUACAUGAUGCUGGUCAGUGGUGACCCUCGCACGGGCGGGAUAGUGCUGGCCGGCUAUACCGUCACCAGGAGACUGCCUGAUGAGGAGUAUAGGCUCCUGAAGACGUUGAUAUCAGCUCGUCUGGUCCAGAGUUUGAUUCUCGGUGCUUACACGAUAGAACACGACCCGAAUAAUACUUACGUCACAUCAACGGAGAAAGCCAACGGCUGGGAGCUUCUCAAGAAGAUAAGAAAGACCAAACCUGACCCUGACGAUGAUCCGACCAACUGGAAGGCCAUCGCUAAUGAUUUCUUGACCAGAAGUUAAGCAUUGUUUUGAAAUAUCUUAUAUCUAUAAUUUUUUAUUGUUAUAUUGUUUUAUGAUUGUUGCGGUUUUAUCAUAGUUCAAGUAUCCAUCCAUAGAUGGCGUUGUACAGUAAAAAUCACUAUGAAUAUAAAUAAUAUGAAAUCACUUAUUGCCACUAAUUGAUUUAAAUUAUUGUUAUAAGUUAUAAGAAGUUGUUUUGUCUACAUAUUAUUUUGUUAUGCAGUUAUACGUAUAUGUACCAAUAUUGUUUCUAGAUUAGUUACAUUCGCAGUAAUAAUUGUGCAAAUUGUACUACUUUUUCUUGAAAUAAAAAUAACAUAAG